CGGGGGUUGCCUGGGGGACAGGACAGUGUACAUGAGCUCUCCACACUUCCUGCUCAGUUUUGCCAUGAACCUAAAACUGUUCUGAAAAAAAAUGAAGUUUAUUGAAACAACUACAGAGCAUAGAAGGAGGAAUUUAGUUACUGCUUGGAGAGGGGCGACGGAGAUAAAGCAUGAAUUCCUGUGGCGUGCAGAUGGCUGUCUCUCUGGCGGUACAGAUCCGUGCCCUCUGAGCGAGCGCCUUGUCGCCAUGCCUCGAAAAAUUGAGGAAAUCAAGGAAUUUCCGCUCACAGCCAGGUGGAAGGAUGCCAAAUCCAUCCAGAUCAAGAACAAAGAUAAUGCGAAGUUUAACGUCCGGUGCAGCAGAUAUCUUUAUACCUUGGUCAUCAUAGACAAAGACAAGGCAGAGAAACUGAAGCAGUCACUGCCCCCAGGCUUGGCAGUAAAGGAGCUGAAAUGAACCAGCCAGACUGAUGUCAAGUGUAUUAAAAAGCUUCGAAAGUCAAAA